ACAAUCUGUUUUGAUUUUCUUUGUUCGGCGGCGAGGUGAGAAAUCAUCGGUAAUCAAUGGUGUUGUUAUACUCACCAUCGCUGUGUGCAAAAAGAGACAUCGGCUAUGCGCGGAGUUGAGAGUUUUCUCAUGUUCGGUCUCUUUGUUAAUUAACUCUAUUGUAUUCAAAACUUGCCCGAUAUUUCCUUUACUCAUACUCGGUUGUUCAAGUUAACAUUACUUAACGUUUCAAUGAAAAAUAUCACUCUGUUUAAUAUAAGAGUGUUUUAUAAUUCUCAUCAAAAUAGGUCCAGAAUAUUCAACUCUCGCCCACGUUUGCAGUUCAUUUCGCGUGUAUAGCCGGACAAACUCGUGAGGCGCAAACUUUUGUGCCCACUGUUUUUGUCGGGUGAGACGUAGAAAAGUGAGAAAUCUGAAAUCUGAAAGGGUUUGUUUAGUGCCGUUCAUUUCGCGAAAUUCUAUGAACAUCAUCGCAGCUGGUUUUAGUAGUAGUAACAAUCUUUUAUUAGGAAGCUCCAUCACUAAAAGUGGUUUACAUAGAGGUCCUAAUACUAGAUAUAUACUAUAUAAUGAUACAAUUAAAAUCUGUAAAUUAGAGCUAAAACCGAAAUUUUUUAGACGUUUAACUGUGCCACCUUCUUUUAAAAGUCUCUGAGACACUGUUAAAUGAACCGUCGGUUCAUAUCACACUGGUUCAUGGCAGACGUGAAUGAGUGAAAUUUGCAUGUGAAAGCAAAAUUCAGUUGGUGUAAAAAAAUUUCCGGACCCUGACUAUAAAAAUAUAUCAGAUCAGAAACAAACAUCUACCCAGUGAGGAAAAAAAAGUUGUAAAUAUCCCUUACCCCACAAAAUUUCCCCCAAUAUCCCGUCUCCCAAAAACCCCUAAUAUAAUGGGGUCCCAAUGGGGGAGUGCCACAUUCGCGAAGGCCUGGAUGCUAAUGACGUCAUUGAUGGCGCCAAACGUGAGCGCACAUUGGCGCUGGUUGUCAGUUGUCAGUACUUGACGAGUGUGCAUGUGAGAAAAUCCGGGAAGCACCAGAGAAAUACUUCUACCAUGAACAGAGAACUUACGUAUUACUACCAAGGAGACAAUAGCUCAACGACAAGAAACCGGCUGUUCAGUCAUUCGGAGGAGCGUGAUAACGAUAGUAACAACAACAAUAAGGAAUCUGAAAAGACUGCAGUCUGCAACUGCAACAGGAUGCCUGACACCAUUCACUGCAAGUUUUGUGGGCAGUCAUUUGUUGGCAGGAAACAAAUUUCCUGUCAACUGCACAAGAACACUAUCCAUCUGAUGGAUUUUAUGUUUUGCAUCUUUUGCAAAAGAAGACUAUGAGGAGAACUUUAUGGAAAAAAUAUUGAUAGUUGCUAGUUCUCGGAGAACAAGGAAAAACUGUGAAUGUGAUAAUUUUUGGCAAUUUUUCUUCUGAGCUUAAUGAAGUCACUUUAUAUGUAUUUUUCACACACCCCUUCAAUUGUGAUUGUAGAAUGGCAGUAAGAAAACUGGAGUUUAUUAUGCAGUCAGGUGUGCUUGAAAAUCAUUGACAUCAGUGGUUUCAUUAAAGGCCAGGCACUGGGCAAACAGACCUUUUAGCAUGGGCAGUUUGUUGCCCCAUUUCAGACCAUGUGAUGUACUCUUGAGAAUUCUUGCUUUCAAGUUUUCAAAUAGUUGCGUGACUACGAAUGAAUAAUUUAUAGAUGGGUUAAAGACAAAAUUCUCUGAGAAUAUCACAUGAUCAGUAAUAGGAAAACAAACCACCCAAGCUAAAAAGGUCUUUUGACCAGCUGUGAGGAUGAUCUUGUCCACCAGGUUUGACCAUCUAGGGAAAGUUCUUGUAAAGAAGUUCAAAUCAAAAGUUUUGCCCAUCUGUGAAAAGCAGUUGCCACCUGCUUGAAGCGUUAAUGAAACCGCUGCUGACACGGCAUAUUUUAUGAAAUUAAUGCUGUGACAUGUUUGGUAGACUUGGAUGGAGUUUCCUUGGCCAUUCAAUUGAAGAAAGUGACAGUGGUAGCGAAUGAAAUUGCAGGGAAUAAGUCAUUUGGAUUUUUCCAGCUGUAAGGGUUAAGUGUCUCCUUACUGGUCAUCACAAGUGUGCUUGUGUUGGUUUUGAGAGUUUUGAGAUAAUUAUUAUAUUAAUAAAAUUGUCCAACACAUGCACAGCAGUUAUUUUUUGUAAUCAAGAAAAUUUAUUCAGAAAGUUAUGUUUCUCUAUUGUGUCCAGAAAAGAUAUUACAGAGUUUUAGAGACAGAUGAAAAUUUGAUCGAAAAUAAUAUUAAUUUUGUAAUGCAUGUUAAGUUGUGUUCAUCACCGCAAAUUAAUCAUUGCUGAUUAUCAUUGCUUGCAUAUGACUAGUCUUGAGUCUUCGUUGCAUGAUUUGGCUGGGCAAGACUAGCAUAAAGUUGGAAAAGUUUAAGUGUAUUUAAGAAUUAAAUACUAUUACUAAUAGAGCAGUUUUCAAUUGAGUGUCGUAAAACCAAACCAAUUACCAACCAAUUAG